AUGUUAUUCGUUCUCACUACCGCUCUUCUCAUCGGCUCAACUCACGCCGCAAUUGGAAGUGAUUUGAACUGCACCUCAUUCAAUGGAACCGCGUUCGUUUACACCGCGUCGGCGACCAUUUGCCGGAACACUAUUCCCGAUGCCAGUUGUGCUGCUCUGUUCCCACCAGCCGCCGCUACUGACCCACUCCCGGCGGCUGGAACUGACGCUGCUCGACCAUUCAAGUGCUACAGCACUGCGACAGCUACUCCGGCUCCAAUCGACGCGGGACUCAAGGAUUCCGCUUUGAAGCAAUGCGCGAAACACUGCGGAUUCUGCUGUCAGACCGAUGCUUACAAUUGCCCGAACAAAGCUCAGCCAGGCAUGAACUGCGCCGCCAUCACCCAAGAUCAAUGCGACGAUCCGAAAUGGCGUGUCGAGAUCGCCAAGGAAUGCCCGGCGGCUUGUGGAAUGUGCAAUGAAGGUGGAUGUGUCGACGCCGUCAAAAAUUGCGCCAACGACAUCACCAUCUGCAACAGCAUCAAUAUGCAGACAUUUGUCAACGCCAACUGCCAGAGAACCUGCAACCGAUGCAACGGAAACAACAAUGGCGGAGGCACAACCUGCGGAACCGAUAAUGCCAACUGCGCCGCUUGGGCGAGAAACGGAUUCUGCACCAACCCGUUCUACACCACCCAAAUGAGAAGAGAACGCUGCCCAAGAACAUGCAAACUCUGCUAA